CGUUUGAACCCUCUCACUGCGGAUUGUUUGCUGACUCUUCAAUGAACAUUGCUUGUAGCUGUAUGUCCAAAGUCCUGGCUCAAUAACAGCUGUUGACUGGAGUAUUAGUUGUUGUCAGUAACGAUGGGGGACCAGGUUGAGGUACAGAUCACCCCAGAGACUCCAGGCAGGCCUUCAAUUAGAAACCCCUUUGAAAGUCCUAAUGACUACCACCACCUCCGUGAAGCCCUGGUGCCAAGCCCAUCCGUCUUCAAGUCCAAGCCUUGCAAAGCUACUCCUCCCAAGUUUAACUGGUCUAUUGAUGAAAUGGCCAGUCUCCUCCCUGUACACAUAGACCCGGAGGAAAUCCAGCGACAGUCUUUUUACCUCAGCCAGACAAGAAUGGAUUCUGACAUCGAGGAAAAGCGGCAGAAUGCUAUUGAGCAGUUUUUCACCAAAGGAACCAUUGUGCCUUCCCCCUGGGCAGCCCCAGACACCCGUAAAGGCCCUCAGAUCUAUACUAAAAGUUGUAUGUCUGCAAUGAUUGUAGAGGAGCCAGAAAAACUCUCAGUUGCUUGUCAGACAAAUCUUUCGUUACCUUUGGCUUUUGAUUUGGAGAAAGUACUAGGGGAUUAUUACCGCCAUGAGGAAGCGUGUGCCGCUGUGCAGGAGAGUCUUAGUUCCUCCUCCUUAAGACGAAAACUCUUCCUUGAUGGCCAGGGCAGUUACAGCGGCUCUGACAGCUCCAGCCCACCAAGCCCAGAGAGAAGCCAUGCCAGACAGGAGAGGCCUUCUCUAAACCAAGGAGAAGACGCUGUAGGAGGGAUUGAAGCUAUAUCUUCUAUAUUUUCCUCCCCUUUGUCCAGCGGUGUGGUAGCUCCGACUCCUUCUACGGGUCAGUUCUCGUCCAGUCCCAUCCAGCAUGGCUGCUACCGGGACUGCAGCCUUGGCAGCAUCACCAGUCCCAGGUUCCCUGAUAGGUCGUCUCCUGCGGGCCUCGUCUCCCCCACAAUUUCUCCUAUUGUUGCACAUGCAGCAUGCACACCCAUAGGCUCAGCUGAGAGGAAGCAGACGAGGAAUUUGACUCCAAGUGGUGGUGCCCUGGACAUAGAUGUCACUUCGUGCAAUGAGAGCCCAUAUGUCGAGGGUUGCUCUCCCAUUCGUAGCUGCUCCCCGCACCAGCUCCACUGUCACAGUGAGCCUCAGCACAAUGCCAGACCCAAGCCCCGGCCCAGAGUACGCUGCUGGGCCUCCCCUCCUCUCAUCUCCCCGAUCCUCAACCCCAGGCUCCAAGAUAAUCAGGAGACUGAGGAACCACUGUCCUCUUCCUCCUCCUCCUCCUCCUCCUCAUCUUCUCUCCCCCCUAUGGAGCUGGAUCCAUCCUCACCCAUGGCCCGCAACACUCACCCUGCUGACACUGAGAGAGUUAGCCUGGAUCCUAUGGAACCUGUGAAAAUGGAGGAGGACAAGGAGACGGGGAUAGAAGGAAGGUUGGAGGAUGAAGAGGAGGAAGGUGGAGGGCCUUUGGGACAGCUGACCAGCUCUCGUAUGGGCAACGUGUCGGUAACGGAAAGCUCUCUAUCUCUUCUGGCAGAGGGAAGCAGCAUACGCUACGAUUCCAGCAUGCAGGUGGACAGCGGUUACAACACUACCUCAGCAGGCACUGCCAGUCUUAUAGAUGGCCUCAGCUCAGACUGUUACAGCAAAGAGUCCUUCAGUUCAAACCUGGCAGAAGAAGCCUUCCAAGUCACUCGAAACACUAAAGUAAAGGUAUUUUAUCCUCACCACUGAGCCAUCUGACUGAUGAAUUUAAAGGGACACCUCUUCCAGUGGAAGUUGAAGAUGAUUUUUUUUUUGCAAUCAAAUACAAAACGUUUACACUAUGUUUGAAGCAUUUAUGUCAAAUCUAUUUGGUUAGGAUGAAUGGGGUUAAAUGUUUAAAUGAAGUAUGAACAGAACUGAGGGGUUUCACAAGUGGUUAUUGGUUCCUUUUUAAGGUUUAAAGUUCAAGUUGCCUGACUAAAGCAAAUGCUCUACCAUAGUAUGUUUUAUCACAGGUUAUAAGGGAUAAGACUAACCCAAAGUCCCACUGUAAGAUGCUGAAAAGCUAUAAUUCAAAGUCAGCAGCUCUUUUGGAGCCAGUAUACUGGUGCGAUAAGGGGGGGAGAAAAAAAAUGACAAUUCUGUAUUAAACUUGCACAACAUUAACCUUGAAUGCUGUAUUGAUGCUAAUGCCAUCAUUUCAAUUUAUUUGGUGCUGACAUGAUCGACCUAAUAGACUUUCAAAUGACAUCAGAUUUGUACUGUAUUUAUGUUUUUAUAAAACCGUUUAUCAUGAUGUUUUAAAAUGAGCUUUUUUUUUAUGAGUAAGAAAAUUCAGGUUACUUGUGGAUUAUUUCGGUUGUUAGAAUAUUUAUUCUGGAAUAAGACACCGAAUAAUGCCACUAGUGAAUUAAAAGCUGAUUGAGCCAUUUGUUUACCAUUUUAUGAUAUACUUUAAGCAUGGGCUGGAUU